AUGAGGGCGACGGUCCUCUUUGCUACUUGUGCCAUCGUCGUACAAGCAGGCACAUUCUGGAGCCCGCAGAGACAAUGUUCUUAUCGUCCAGAGGGAGAGACACAGCAGCGACUGCGUCCACCGAAAGCUGACGCAUUCCACCAUGAGCUGAACCCAAAACCCGAGCCAAACUUUCCACGUCGACCUGGCCACCCGUCAACAGGUUUCAUUGCGCUGGGGGACUCGUACUCUGCCGGAAUAGGCACUGGCUUCAACGGGACCGAAGAUGCCUGCAGGCGUGGACUUCACGCACACCCGAUGCUGAUCCACGAGGAUCUGGUUAACAUCGAGGGCGAGAACAAGACCUCCUUCGAGUUCCUGUCAUGCACCGGGUCAACCAUCUCCGAUCUUCUUCGCGACGGCGAGUCAGGCCAGAUUGCAGAGUUCAACACCACGACGAGUGCGGACUUUGCGCUGCUGUCCAUCGGCGGCAAUGACCUAGGCUUCUUUGACAUUAUGAACAGCUGCAUCUUCAGGUUCUACAGCUUCUACUCUGGCACUUGUGAGGAGGCGCUGGCGCGAUCUGACGAGCGCAUUGCCAGCCGUGAUUUUGAACACGAGCUCCAACUAGCCAUCACCGAGGUCCUGGACCGGGUUCAUUGGGAGAAACGUCCCUGGUUCACAAUCACAGUCACCGGAUACGCGCGGUUCUUCAACGAGGACACGGCCGAGUGUGACGACCACUCGCUCGGCGUGUGGUGGCGCGGCCCCAAGUUGAAGCGUGCGCUGCGUCGGAGGAUGAACCAGAUGGUCCUGCGCGUCAACGACAAGAUCCGACAAUCUGUGGAUACCGUCAAUGCGGCCUUUGCCGAGCCCAAGGUCCUAUUUGUGGACUAUGAUCACGCAUUUGAAGGGCAUCGGUUCUGCGAGCCAGACGUGACCGAGCCCGACUACAGUCGAAACGAGACUUGGUUCUUCUUGGUUGGGGGUAAGGACAAUGUGGAGGACCAAGAUGGCACGCCCAUCGACUUGGCGAGCUCUACUCGUGAAGCUGGUCUCGCCCAACUUCCGACGCCAUGGGCCAAUACAAAACCAUGCUCAAGGGCAGCGAGAGCGUCAGUGAAGAGGCAAAGAGAUGCUCUGUGUCGGGAGACAGUGAACACAGACGGUAUACACGCGGAAGACAUGCGUUAUGUGCCCACGUCUUACGGGCAGACAUUUCACCCUCGAACCAAGGGACACGAGGCGAUCAGAGACGAGAUUUACAGACAGUGGGGAGGGGCAUUUGAUGGGAGGUGA